UCCUGCUUGUAGCUGCCGCGGCCCUUGGACUUUACUUUUGGACCACAAGAACGCAAAUGAGACAUUUUGCUUUGUUUGCAGCAGACAUUGACAGUACCAUUCUAAAAGGUGCAUCUGCAGAUGACACAACAUUUUCUUCUCAGUUACCACUACCAACCACUGCUCCCAAACUUAAAAGUGUCACGACGAGCCCUGAAAAUUGGUGGGAUGAAGUGGAGGGAGAACGCAUAACUGAAAGCGCUAAGAACACUGUGAUGCAGGGACCUACUGGGAAUAUUUCUGAGGAUAUGUCACAUGAGAUGGACAACGAAACUAACAGUUUCGAUCAGCUUUGGGAUUCUGCGUCUGAAAGCGAGCCACUUCUCAGAAAGAACACCGAGAAAUCUCUACCUCCUUUCACCGAUGUUCUGAAGGAAUCUUUGAGGGAAAUGUCUCCAUCUUCUAACAUCGGGAAUGCCAGUAAUAAACAUGAUGUGCCUAGCAAGUCGCAAACGAUAGAUGGCCGCAAUCGUGUAGUUAGCGAAAGAGCUAACGUCUUUGAGACAUUGUUUGAAGAAGACCGGGAAGAUCCAGGGGAGUUUCCGAUAGGGACGGCUUGUCCAUAUAUGGGUAUGAGAAAAUUUAAAAGCACGAAACAGCAGAUGAAACAGAAAGAGAACGUAUCAUGCGUUGCACACGUAUCGACGGAUGAGGACUGUCAAAUGGCAAAUAAAGAAUAUAGAAAUCACCAAAAAAUUCCUCAGUGCAAUGAAGGGCCUGAGAAAGAUAUUUGCUCAAUUGAAGAAACAUGGCGAGCAAGUCCCGAAAGUAAGCUAACAAUUCAAUGUGACCUAUCAAUUUGCAAGGGACAUCCCGUGAGCGUCACGGGAAUUCACCCGUUGGAGGGCGUGGUGGACAAAGAGAAAGAGGGAUAUACGUUUAACAAUUCCACGGCUCUUGAAAGAUUUCUGGGACACUUUGUAAUCGUGAACACGUUACGCAAAUUUAGCUUCUGCUUUCUUCGAUGCAAAACAGGGCGUAAGAAAUACGCCCAGCAAAUCCUGAUGUUUCCUCCGUUAUUAGAUAUAGAGGACUCAGAAUUUCUACCAGAUAAGAAAGAUCCCAGUCUAAUAAACAUCAACAUCGUAAUGCUGGAUUCAGUAUCGCGCGCACAUUUUUAUCGUUCGCUGCCUAAAACAGUCAGCACGCUGCGAAACAUUGUUUACAAUAAGUCAAUAAAUGCAACAGUGCUAGACUUCGAGUUAUUGCAAAGUUCAGCGCCGUUCACCUUUCACAAUAUCAGAGCCUUUAUGUCUGGGAAAAGCGAUUUCGACUACAUUGAGCAUUCAAACGGCACAUACCAAAUAGAGGUGCUGUAUAAGAAGAUGAAGAACCAAGGUUAUUACACUCUCUUGCAAGAGGAUAGCUGCUGGUUUGACGAGUGGGGAUCCUUAUUCACCAACAAUAUAUUUCAAAACAAGACACCUCACAGUCGAAAGGAAUUCCAAAAUCGCUGGAGCGGAUUUCAGGAUGUGGUAAACGGUUAUCAUGUGGAUGACUACGGCCUUUCGUAUUCAUCAUGUGACGUUUUCAAACAGUACAAUGUAACUAACCAAUUUAAUCGGCCGCUCAAAAUUUGCUUCGGGGGUAAAGUGUAUUCUGAGCUUUUCUUGGAUUAUUCCCUUAGUGUCUUUCAAGGAUAUAUUGAUUCCGGUAAAAGACAACCAAUAUUUGCCUAUACACAUCUGAAUGCCGGACAUGAAGUAACUGGAACCCGCAUAAGACAAAUUGAUUACGCUGUAUCAGGGUAUUUACACGCUAUAGCGCACGAAGAAGACACUCUGACACUUGUUUUCUCCGAUCACGGACCAAAAACCACGAAGUUCUCGUUCCAAACAAUGGAGGGGCGAGGAGAGAUUUACGAUUCGUUGCUAUUUGCUAUAGUUCCAGAAAACGUGGCUAAUAUUUUAGGAUUACGACGCAUGCGUGCGAUGAUCACAAACCAGAAGCGUCUUCUAACAACUUUGGAUCUUCACAACACAGUGAUAUCGAUCGGAGAUUCUGAAAGGUCGACUUCCGAUUCUUAUUUGAAGGAAGGUCUCUUCUCAGAAAUACCAGCCAAUCGUACAUGCGCUGAUCUAUCGAUCAAACCUUCAGCUGUUUGCAAGUGCGAGGGGUGGGACCAAAAGUUUCCUGAUAAUGACCCUCAAUUUAUAUUCCUCGCCGAAUUUGGUUUGGGACUACUUAACAAUAAAAUUCAGGAUGAUUAUCUCACAACUCCCGAUGCUGCCGGGGGGUUUGGAAAAUGCCAACGUUUAGUUGGACAUCGUUUUGAAAAAAUACGCAGGAGGAAGGUUGGUGAAGAGUAUUUUUUGACUAUGGAUCUAAUUGUACUACCAGGGAAGGAGAUAUUUGAAAUUCAAUUGAGAUACCCUUUAGGAGUCUUAGCAGAAAGGCGGAAGACUUUUCCCGCUCUAAUGGGAAAGCGGAGAGUGAGUAUAUAUCGCAAAUACGAGAAAUGCGUCGAUGAACAUGUAAAGGUGCAAUUAUGUGUUUGCGAUUCGCAUCACUAUGGAAGAAACAUAAGCAAUAAUAAUGCGUGGAAAUGGUUCGAGGUUAGAACCGGAUCAGAGGUAUUGGAAACCGUGUUUAGAGCAAAUAGUUUUGGUACAAACUCUGAAGUCAAAGACUUAAGUGAGUCGUGCUUGUUAUUAGUAACACGGAAACGUAAAAACCUUAGCGUAGCCUUCGAAGUAGCGAACGCUUGCAAGAGGCGAAGGUACAAAGUCAGAAUUACAGGGAGAGGAAACGGAAAAACCUUAUUAACAAGAAAACUGCCUUUUUCUAUCAUGCUGGAACCAAACACAGUGCACUUUGCACUGAGCGUUCAUUACGUGGAAAAACCUUAUGGUUUUUACCUAAAGACAUCAUUUGUGGGUUAUAAUGUUUGACAUUAGUCUGUCAGCUUAUAGACCAGAAACAUUAAUUUAAACUUAAUUCGAAAACACAUUUAUUUGAUAAAUCAACAAAAUGAAACUUUUUAAAUGUUAUUACCUUUGUCUAAUGUUUUAAGUGUAUUGUAAAUAGAGCCUAAGGGACUGUAAAUAUAUUCUAUCUGUGUGA